AUGUUUAUAAAAAAAUAUAAUAAUUUUUUUGUAAAAAAUGGUGAAAGAAUAACAGGCACAAUAAUAUUAUGUAAUAAUUUAAGUUCAAUUCGAUUUUUUUUUUCUAAGUCUCCUUAUAAAAAUAAAAAACCUUUGAAUAUUGAUUAUAUUAAUAAAAUUCGAAAUAAUAGUGAAAAAAAUGAUGAACUAAAAUAUAAUAAUAUCGAAGGGACGAAUGUCUAUAAUCAAAUUAAUAAGGAGCAUAGUUACAGACACCAAUUUAAUUGUAAUAGAGAAAUAUAUAAAAAAUGUGGAGAAGAUAAUAAAAGAAUAACUAAAAUAUGUGAAGAAUUAUAUGAAAGUAUAAAAAAAAAAGAAUAUAAUGAUUUUGAAAAUAAGUUAGUAUAUUCGAUUUCGCUAGCUGAGAAUGCAAUAGAAAUUUCACAACUAAUAAAUGUAAUUAGUAAAUCGAAUUUUUUGAAAAUCUCUAAAGAGACUAAAGAAUAUAAUAACAACAAUAUUGAUAAGGAUAAAAUAAUAUCUUCUUAUGUAACUUUAAUUGAUAAAAGUUUAAAAAUAUUUGAUAAUAUUCCAAUAAGGAGUAUAAGCUUAAUUUUAAAUAGUAUGAUUAAGCUAGGCAUUUUUCACAAUAAUUUUAUUGAUCUAUUUAUUAAAAAUAUUACAAAAAUAGUAAAUCAAAGUAAUAAUAUAGACCUGUGUAUAUUUUUUCAUUUUUAUGUUAAUGCAUUAAAUCAUGUUUUAAUUUUAAGAGAAAAUAUGGAAGAUAUAUUAAAAUUAUUUCUAGAAAAAAUAAAUAAUGUUAGUUUAGAAUUGCAGAUAAAAAGUAUUUCAUCCGUUUUACGGUGUAAUAAAAAGUUAGUAAAAAAUAUAUUCUCUCAUAAUGGCACAAGAUUAGAAAGCCAAACAAAUAAUGGUACUCCCUUUUUGAACAAAGACAAUUUGAAAACAAUUAAUGAAAUAAAUUUAAAGCUAAAAAAUAAUUUUUAUAUAAAAAUGAACUAUGGAAGUAUACAACAAUUAUGUAACAUAUUGGAAGAUUUAGAAUAUUUUGAUUUAAUUGAUAAUGAUACUUAUUAUGAUAUUUUAAAUAUAUUAAAAUUUCCUAGCAAUAUUUAUAAAUUAAAAAAUAUAGAUUUUAUAAAUAUAUUAAAUAAUAUAAAAAGUAGAAAUAAUAAAUAUAAAGAUUUACUUCCUUUGUCUUAUUUUUCAUUUAUUUUUGAUAUUUUAAAAGAAAAGGAUUUUUCAAACUGUUUAACUAGCGAUUUAGCAGAAUUAAUAAAAUUAAUAAAUUAUUUUAAAAAAAUGUAUAAUAAUCUUAAUUUUUGCAUGAACAAGUCAGAAAAUAUAUUAUAUAAAAGAGAUUUAGCUGAUGUGUUAUCAAUACCAACACUUAUUUAUAUUUUACAUGAUUAUUCAAUAAUUAACAAGCGUGAUACACUAUUAAAUUCGUUUACUUUAAAAUUGUUUUAUAGAAUAAUGGAUUGUGUAAAUGAGGAAGUAAUAAAUAAUAGCAAUUUUUUAAAAAAUGUUGAUGAAUAUUUAGUAAAAGCUCGAACUAGCGAAAGUAACAAAUUAUUUAUUAACAGUGCAGAAGAAAAAAGUGCCACUAUGCUCGAUUUAAGCACACAUUUGUUAUUAAUAAAAUCAGUUGACAUACUCAUAGAUAAAGGUAUAAUAAAAAAUAAUGAUUAUAUUUUUUGUAAAAAUUUUCUAUAUUUUAAUAAUUACAACAAAUUCGAACCUUUGAACUAUGGCAAGUGUGAGGAAAAUGAAAAAUGUGAAAAAUAUAUUCAUUUUAAUUUAUAUAUAAUUUCUAUAUUUGGUAAAAUAAAACAUGAUGAUUUUAAUUUUUUAUUACAUUUGAUAAAAAAUUCAUUAAUAUUAUCUGUUUAUUUUUCAAUAAAAGAUAUAGUGAUUUUAUUAAAGGGUUUAAGCAAAUGCUCUUAUUUGGUUGAUAAAAUAAAUUAUUUAUUUUUUGAGUCGAUAUUAAAUUAUUUGACCUUUUUAAUAAUUAAAAAAAAUGACAUGAACUGUUCAGAUUUAAAUUGGAGUAACAAUAAUAAUAGUAGUAGUACCAUCAGGUUAUUUGAAAAAGACUUAUACUUCAAUAAAAGAAAUUUUAAAGAGCAAGACAUAGUAAGCAUAACAAAUAAUAUGUAUAGACAAAUAGAAAAUAUAAUACAAACAAAUUCAGAAUAUGUUAACAGUUUGGAAAUAAGACAAAUAAAUGAAAAUAAGUUGGAAUAUUUACCUGACUCUAAAUUAGAUCAAUUUGAGAAUAAGAUGGGAUUUCCCAUUUAUGGAAAAGAAGGCGAGAAAGAAAAAAAUAAUAUUUUUGUGUAUAAUGAAAAACAAAUGUGUUAUAUAGAUUGUUGUUAUAUAUUAUAUUAUAUGGAUAAGCUAAACUAUAUAAAUUAUGAUAUUAUAAAGUUAGUAAUAAAAAAUAUGUAUGUAAAAAUUAAUUAUUUAAAAAAUGAGCACAUACUUAAGACAAUAAAUGCAUUAACUAAAAUAAAAAAUAUUGAUAAAGAAGUUUCUUCUUUUAAUUAUUUUAUUAAAAAAUUGUUAUUUCAAUUUUGUUACAAUAUUGGUGAUGCCAAUGAAAAUUGCAAGAAUUAUAAUGGUGUGCAUAAAACCGAAGAAACAAUAAAAAUGUUUUAUAUAAUCAGUAAAUUAUAUACAAAAAAUGAAUAUAAAAAUAGUUUAAUAAGAAAAUAUAUUUUAAUAUUGUUAGAGGAGUUACUUGAAAAAAAAAAUUAUCCUUGUAUAAAUAAUGCUAUCAUUAUUAUGAGAGCUUUUAAAAAUAUGUACCCAUAUCGUUAUAUAAAGCUAGCCAAAUAUGUCAUAAAAUGGAUUAAUGACGAAAUUGCAGAUUAUAAAAUUUCUUAUAUAGACCAUAAAAUAUGCUUAAAAAAUAAUGAAGAAAUUUUUAAGAAUGGAAAUGAUAACUUAAUUAAUUUUGAUUUUUUGAAAACAUAUUUUUCUGUGUUGCCUAUAUUAGUUAAUCCAACGACAAAUAUUUAUUCUGAUAUAAAUGACGAAUAUUUAUUAACAAGUAAGAAAUUAUUCUCUAUAUUGCAUGAACAGUUCAGGAAAAAUCCGUCCAUAAAAAAUGAUGCUAUUUCGGUAAUUGUGGAUUUUAUGAACUUUUCUUUUCAUUAUAUGGAUGAUUUCUUUUUGGAAAAUUAUCCUAAUUUUAUUUUAUACAUAAUUAAUGAAAAGGAGACUUUAUCAAAAGAACAAUUUUGUUUAUUUUUGUUAAAUUUGAAAUAUUUAUCAAAUUGGGGGCUCAAACAUGUUAAUGACAAUAUGGGGGGUCAAGAGAAAUAUACUGAAUUAUACCACUCGAUUGAAAAACGUUUUAACGAGUUUUUGAAUAAUGAUAAAAAUAAAUCUAUGAUUGAGAUAGUUUAUGGAGAUAAGACUAAUGAUGAAAAUAAUAAAUUGAAUUACGAUUUUAGUUUUAACAAAAAAAGUUUAACAUUUUUAGACACAGAAGAUAAUGAUGAGCAAGAAAUUAUUUCCAUGGAAUAUAACAGUGUUAAUAUAAAUGGCUUGUUUGAUAUAAAAAAAAACAAUUAUAAUAGUGAGCUUAUAAAAAAAAAAAAAUCUUAUAAGUUUGAAGAAAAUAAUGAAAGGAGGAAAUACAAAAAUAGAUUAAACGAAUUUGAAAUUAUUUUGAGAAAAUAUGCAUAUUGUCAAAAUAAUGUGCAAGAUAAAAUUGAAAUUGUAAAAAAUAAAAAAAUAUUUUUAUUUGAUAUUAAAUAUAUUGAUUUGAAAAAAAAUAUUAUUUUUGAUUUUUUGGAGGAACAAUAUUAUUUUAAGGAACCUGAUGACUCAACCAUAGAAUUGUUGCCGCAUAUAAAUUUGCGAUUGUUAAUUUUAAAUAAAUUAAAUUUUUACAUUUUUCUUAUGCCUUUUUUUGAAUGGGAUAGUUAUUAUGGAAGAUUAGAAAAAGCUAAAGCGAUUUAUCAUAAAUUAUUAAGCAUUACAAAUAAUAUUAAAUCCUAUCCUAUACAAACAAAUAGGGAUAGUGUUUUUUCAACCAUUGGUCAGUAUAAAUGA